GGCGGGGACCUGGGCCCGGGCGGCCGGUCGCGGAAGGGCGGUCAUGGCGGGGGCCCGGCAGUGGGCCCCUCUGCUCCUUUGCCUGCUGCAGUCCGCUCCAGGUCAAGGGAGGCCCCGCCUGACCUCUCCCCAGAACGUGACGCUGCUCUCUCGGAACUUCAGCGUGUACCUGAUGUGGCUCCCAGGGCCUGGCAACCCCCAGAACGUGACUUAUUUCGUGGCCUAUCAAAGUAUCACCAGGCGGGCUCUGUAUCCCCAGCGUAGAGCUGAGAGGUGCCAUGACUUGCCCAAGGAUGCUGGUGAUGGAACCAGAAGAGGAACCCAGUUCUGUCUGAACAGCUUUCCGAAGGCCAAAUAUUGGCGAAAAGUGAAAAGGUGUACAGGAACCAAGGAGCUGGUGUGUUGCCUGAUGUGCCUGGAGAAACAGGACCUGUACAACAAGUUCAAGGGACGUGUGAAGGCAGUUUCUCCCAAUGCUACCUCCCCCUGGGUAGAGUCCAAGUACCUGGAUUAUCUUUCUGAAGUGGAGCCGGCCCCGCCCACCCUUGUCUUCACCCGCACAGAGGAGAUCCUGAGCAUCAAUGCCACAUACCAGCUGCCACAGUGCAUGCCCUCAACGGAUCUGAAGUAUGAGGUGCAUUUCUGGAAGGAGGGGACCAGGAACAAGACCAUAUUUCCAGUCAGUCCCCACGGCCAGCCAGUCCGGAUCCCCCUCCAACCAGCCACAAGUGGACACCACUGCUUCAGUGCCAGGACCAUCUACACCUUUAUUUCCUCCAAAUACAGCGAGCUCUCCAAGCCUACCUGCAUGUUCCUGGAGACCUCAGCAAUCAGCCCGCCAUUCCUGAUGCUGCUGUCACCCCUGCUGUUGUUGCUGUUGGUAACUGCCACAUGGGCUGUGAUCUGGAAGAACUCCAGGGAGGUCCCCUGGUUUCAGCAGGAAAAGAUGCCACAGGCCUUGGACUUUUCUGGACACAUACACCCCAUGGCAGCCUUUCAGCCCAGUGGUCCAGAGUCCCCAGAUGACUUAACCCUCAGUCCCCAAAAAGAACUGAUCAGAAGGGUCCAGCUGACCCCUGGAGUCAGAGCCUCUGCCACCCUGCAGGCAGGGUCUGAGAAGGACAGUGCUGAGAUUGAGGAGGAGGAGGACACAGGUGACAGUGUCAGCUUCCAGCCCUACAUUGAGCCACCUUCCUUCCUGGGGCAAGAACACCAGAUUCCACGAUGCUCUGAGGCAGACGGGAUGGACUCAGGGAAUCCCCAGACUCUGGUCCACGUUGAAGGCUCCUCUGCAUCGGGUUCUUCAGACACAAGCUGGGCCAGCACCGAGGACCCCUCCUCCUGGGAUGAAGCUGGGAACUCCAGCUAUUUGGCCAAGAAGAGGCCAGGCGAUGGGCUGGAUGGGGAUGGGUGCUGGGAGCCUCUCCCACUACCUGAAUUCUCUGAGGACUCAGGCUCCCUGGAAGAGCCACCAAAAGAUGACCUCUGGGGCUCCUCAGCAGGGCUGGAUCUGGUCCCUGGGGAGCUUCCAGUUUCUCUUAGGACACUGACCAUCUCCUGGGACAGCAGCCCGGAAGAGGAGGAGGAGGAGGAGGAAGAAGAUGAGAAGGAAUCAGAAACUGAGGACAGUGGAACCGGCAGCUGGGGGGCUGAGAGCUCCCAGAGGACCAAGAGCAGUGGGGCGCUACUUGGGCAUUACAUGGCAAGGUGAGCCAGCCCCUGCUUCCCGCCGGGUCCGGUGCUGCAGCCAGGGCUGCUGGCAUUCCCCAAGGACCCAGGAUGCCACUGAGACUUGAGAGCCUGCAUACAGCAUUGAGGCACCAGAGGGUUCUCAGGGCACCUCUGGGCACCCAACAUGCAACAGGUGAGGUCAGGUCAAGUGGACAUCAAGGGCUGGCACCACCUAAGGGCUGUCUGGAUUUUGUGAGAAGGGCUGGUCUCGCCAGAGGCACUUCUGGUCUGUCAGAGCUUCAUGCCUUCCUCCAGCACCCUCUGAGUUACCUCCUCUCCCGAGUCAUGCCCUCCCAGUUCAUCAGCCCCCUGUGGGGGUGCUCAGAUGGAGAAAAAUCCAAUUGGCUGAGAGCGUUGGAAGGUAAAGAGUGUUCAUCAUUCAAAUCCCAGUCCCUGGAAUCAUGGAAUUGCACAGUCUUUCAUAUCAGACAGACCUCGAUUCAAAUCCCAGCUCUGCCAUUCACCAGCUGUGUGACCUUGGGUAAACAACCUUCCCUCUCUGAACCUCGGUUUCCUCAUCUGUGAUACCACUUGGGUGUGGUGAGGGCCAGGAAGAUCUCAGAUGUAUGUAGCACAGGGCCUGCCACAUCAUCAGUGCUCUAUAUGUGGUGGCUCCAAGGAGACCCCCUGGACUUCUCCCACCCAUAGCCCCAAACUCAGAGCGGCUGGAAGCAUUCAUCCUUCAGCCCGUCUCACUUCUAGUCUACCUCCUUCCUCCCACCUUCCAUGUCCCUCAUUCCUGGUCAGGAAACUGAGUUCUCAAAAGCCAGAGCCCCAGCCAGGGUGACUCUGGUCCCUUCCCUUUUCUCAGCCAUGGGAACUGUGCUUCCAAGGCAAGGAGCCAAACUGUCUGCCUUCCAGGGGGUGUGACUUGCUGAAUUUGGGGUGCGACACAACAGGGGAGUAGACUCUUGGGCCUGUGAUCACUGGAUGGUAUGUCUGACCUUUUGGCUGACUCUCGUGGUCAUAAAGGAGAGGUCUUUUCCCUCCCAAUUCAGAGAAACCAGUGUCACUGCAGAAACAGCCAACUGCCCCUCCCUGGGAGUACUGGUAGGUGUUCUCAAAACAACUGCUUUGCUAACCUGCGCCUAGCAGGUAAAGGGAUAGCAGAGCCGAGUUUUCACUCAUAGGACCAAGAUGUUUGUCUUGUGGCCGGGAAGCUGACGGAUCUUUGCCCUGUCACCUGAGCUGUGCCAGUUAACCUGCCAAGAUGUCUGCAUUUGUGAAAAAGGGAUCUCUGUACGUGUUUUGUCCACAGGGCUGUGGCAUCUUGAAGCCAACAUGAGAAAAACUUCGUAGAGGUUGGUGGUGCAGGGGGGUUCUCAAACCAUGCUCCCAAAAGGCUUAUGAAUCCAGGGGAGGGGACCCUUUAGGACUCUUCCCCCCGCCCCUCACUUCAACCAGAGCAGCCAUCCUAUGACCUGAUUUAGAUACUGUGACCUUCUGUGGCCUUCAGUGGCCUUCUUUGUGGGGCUUUGCUUAGGAAGGCUCCAUUGCCAAAGAAAAAACAAACCACUGUUGUAAUCAAACACCUGUGUGAAGGUGAACACCUGAAGAAGCUGCGGCCGAGUGGCAGAGGCACUUGCCUGAGUCACCACCAAGGCAUAAGGUGCCACCCAGUGCCCAAAUGUCGAAUUAUUGUGUUUGUCUCAAAGGGUGAGCUUUUUUAUUAAUCAUGGUGAAAAUAUACACAACAAAACGUUUGCCAAUUCAACGUUACAUGUAAAAUUCAGUGACAUUACAUUCUUCAUACCGUGCAAGCGUUAUUGCUGCACUUUUCUAAAUUAUUCUGCCACCAUUAACAUAAACUCAGUGUCCCUAUGCAAUCCCCCUUCCCCUUCUCACCCCCUGAUAAUCACUCAUCUUUGGUGUCUAUGUAUUUGCUUAUUUCAUGUAAAUGAGAUCAUACAGUAUUUGUCCUUUUGCAACUGAUUUGCAAAGUUCAUCCAUGUUGUGGCAUGCAUCAGGACUUCAUUCCUCAUUGUGGCUGAGUACAAACAUACCUCGUUUUAUUGUACCUCACUUUAUUGCACUUUGCAGAUAAUUGCGUUUUUUACCAAUUGAAGGUUUGUGGCAACCUUGCAUCAAGCAAGUCUAUCGGUACCAUUUUUCUUGGAGCAUGUGCUCACUUUGUGUCUCUGUGUCACGUUUUGGCAAUUCUCACAGUAUUUCAAACUUUUUCAUUAUAGUUAUACCUGUGAUGGUGAUCUGUGAUCAGAAUUUGAUGUUACACUGUAAUUGUUUGGGGCAUCACGAGCCACGCCCAUAUAAGAUGGUGAACUUCAUCGAUAAAUGUCUGUGCUCUGACUGCUCCAGUGACUGGCUGUUCCCCAUCUCUCUCCCUCUCCUUGGGGCUCCCUAUUCCCUGAGAUAUGACAAUAUUGAAAUUAGGCCAAUUAAUAACCAUACAAUGGCCUCUAAGUGUUCACGUGAAACGAAGAAUUGCACGUCUCUCACUUUAAAUCAAAAGCUAGAAAUGAUCAAGCUUAGUGAGGAAGGCAUGUCAAAAGCCAAAAUAGGCCCAAAGCUAGGACUCUUGCGCCAAACAGCCAAGUCGUGAAUGCACGGAGAAGUUCUUGAAGGAAAUUAAAAGUGCUACUCCAGUGAACAUAUGCGAAUGAGAAGAAAGCCAAACAACCUUACUGCUGAUAUGGAGAAAGUUUUAGUGGUCUGGACAGAAGAUCAGGCCAGCCACAACAUUCCCUUAAGCCAAAAGCUAGUCCAGAGUAAGGCCCUAACUCUCUUCAAGUCUACGAAGGCUGAGAGAGGUGAGGAAGCUGAAGAAGAAAAGUUUGAAGCUAGCAGUGGUUGGUUCAUGAAGUUUAAGGAAAGAAGCCAUCUCUAUAACAUAAAAGUGCAAGAUGAAGCAGCCAACUAUGCUGUAGACCUGGCUAAGAUAAUUGAUGAAGGUGGCUACACUAAAGAACAGAUUUUCAAUGUAGAUGAAACCCUUAUAUUGAAAGAAGAUGCCAUCUAGGACUUUCAUGGCUGGAGAAGUCAAUGCCUGGCUUCAAAGCUUCAAAGGAUGGGCUGACUGUUUUGUUCGGGGCCAGUGCAGCUGGUGACUUUAAGUUGACGCCAGCACUCAUUUACCAUUCCAGAAAUUCCAGGGCCCUUAAGAAUUAUGCUAACUCUACUCUUCCAUAAAUGAACCAAUAAAUUCUGGAUGACAGCACAUCUGUUUGUAACAUGGUUUACUGAAUAUUUUAAGCCCACUGUUGAGACCUACUGUUCAGAAAGAUUCCUUUCAAAGUAUCACUGCACAUUGACAAUGCAGCUCAUCACCCAAGAGCUCUGAUGGCGAUGUACAAGGAGAUUAGUAUUGUUUUCAUGCCUGCUAACACAGCAUCCAUUCUGCAGCCCGUGGAUCAAGGAAUAAUUUUGACUUUCAAGUCUUAUUAUUUAAGAAAUACAUUUCAUUUUUUUAUGGCUGCCAUAGAUAGUAAUUCCUUUGAUAGAUCUGGACAAAGUAAAUUGAGAGUCUUCUAAAAAGGAUUCACCUUUAUACAUGCCAUUAAGAACAUUCCUGAUUCAUGUGAGGAGAUAAAGAUAUCACCAUUAACAGGAGUUUGGAAGAAGUUGAGUUCAAUCCUCAUGGGUGAGUUUGAGAGGUUCAAGACUCCAGUGUGGUAGAAAUAGCAAGAGAACUAGAAUUAGAAGUGGAGCCUGAAGAUGUGACUGAAUUGCUGCGAUCUCCUGAUAAAACUUUAACAGAUGAGGAGUUGCUUUUUAUGGAUGAGCAAAGAAAGCAGUUUCUUGAGAUGGAAUCUACUCCUGGUGAAGAUGCUGUGGACAUUGUUGAAAUGACAACAGAGGAUUUAGAAUAUUAUAUAAACUUAGUUGACAAGGCAGCCGUGGGGUUUGAGAGGAUUGACUCCAAUUUUGAAAGAAGUUCUACUGUGAGUAAAAUGCUAUCAAAUAGCAUCGCAUGCUACAGAGAAAUCGCUCUUGAAAGGAAGAGUCAAUUGAGGCAGCAAACUUUAUCGUUGUCUUAUUUUAAUUGCCACAGCCACCCCAGCCCUCAGCAGCCACCACCCUGAUCAGUCAGCAGCCAUCAACAUCAAAGCAAGACCCUCCACCAGCAAAAAGGUUAUGACUCGCUGAAGGCUCAGAUGAUGGUUAGCAUUUUUUAGCAAUGAAGUAUUUUUUUAAUUAAGGUAUAUGUAUUGCUUUUCUUAAACAUAAUGCUAUUGCAUACUUAAUAGACUACCGUAUAGUGUAAACAUAACUUUUAUAUGCACUGAGAAAUAAAAAAAAAAUUCGUUUGACUCGCUUUAUUGCCAUAUUCACUUUAUUGCGGUGGCCUAGAACCAAAUCCGCAAUGUCUCCGAGGUAUGCCUGUAAUAUCCUUUUGUAUGCAUAUACCACAUUUUGUUUAUUCAUUCAUCUUUUGAUGGACAUUUUGGUUGUUUAAGGAUGAGAUAUUUGAUGUCUACCCAGCUGGACCAACCCCUGGCCCUUUGGCCAUGUCAGCAAAGGGCCUAGGUCUCAGCCAGGAUUUCCAAGAGGCACUGAACUGGCAGGAAGUCUCCACCACUGCCAGGGCGCCCUCUCUCUUUUUCUUUUUCUCUCUCUCUCUGUCACACACGCACACACAUGCGCGCACGCACACACACACACACAUACAUCAUCGGUUUCACCUGCAAUGAGGCCACAUCACUGAGCUCAGAGGAGGAAGAACAAGCGAAACCACCAAGGUCGGGAAGGCUGUGACUCAGGGCCACCUCCCAAGGAAAUGCCCAGUGCAAGGCUGAUGUUCUUCCUGAGACCUACCUGAGCUGCUUCAUGGCAGUCACUUCAGAAAAACUGAAAGCUGUCAUCACUGUUGUCAGACUUGUGUGACAUAAUUGCUUUAUUCUUAAGCCUUGGUAUUUUUUUGUUUCACUGAGGUAAAAUCUACUCAAUCUUUACUGUUUUUUAAGUGUACAAUUCAGUGGCAUUGAGUACAUUCACAGUGUUGUGCCAACAUCACCUCUCUAGUUCCAAGGCCUUUUCAUCACCCCAAAAGCAAAUCCCAUACUUGAUAUUUUUUUAAAGCAUUGUUUUCAAAGUUGCAAAUUUCUGAUGUAGGCUGAGCUUUUUAGUAAUUCUGAAUUCCAGCUCCUUUAUGUUUUAGUAAGUGGAACAAAAAAGAGUGGGAAGCAUUAGAAAAGAACGUGAUAAUCUAAUUUGUUAACGUGUGUUCAGCACUUAGCUGUUUACAAAGUCCUUUUGCAUAUACAAGGGCAGUUCUUCACAUGGGCUCCUGGCCGCAUCUGAAGACUCUCAGGGAAAGAAUCGGUGGUGCCUUACCUCGGAGCCAUGUGUGUAAUUCUCUGGAGUACCUGAGGAGGUUCUAUGCUCUUAGGUAUUUGUAUCUAUUUCUAAUUUUUUCUGUUUAUAUUAUAUUUAAAUAAUAUCCUAAUGCUUGUUAGUAUCUACUCCAAACUAUUUUAAUAAAGAACUCUGUUUUGAGAGAAAAAGGCACAAUUGAAGGGAAAA